AUGGAUUUAUUCAAGAUACUAGACACGACGCCAGAGCCACCGAUUGUCAACUUGAACACUACGCUCAACACCUCGGGGGAUUACUGGCUCGCUGUUCCUAUGAGCGAGUACCAGAAAGAACUCACAGACCAAGUCGUCUCACUUCAUUAUUCAGAUAUAUUGAAAUAUUUCGAAACAGAUGACAAUGACAGAGUAUUACUGGACUCGUUGGAAGUGUUGUAUUUGAAUUCUCAACUUGUUGCUACUCAUCCUUACCUAUUGAUUAACCAUUAUUUACCAAAGAAUCUUACAUCAAAGGACAUUCCAUAUAACCUAUGUGAAACUAGUGGGAAGUUCCAAGUGUUGAAAGAUGUCAUCACAUUGAUUGAAGGAACAUCAUUGAAUGUUGGUAUAGUGGCAAGAUCUGGGAAACUUUUAGAUUUGGUUGAAGCUUUGUUAUUGGGUUCCAAAACAACAAUCAAGAGACAUCAUGGUAAUUACAUUAAGGACCCUGCAAAGAACAAGAACAAAGACUUAACCACACAUUUAAUCCCUUCAGAUGUUGACAUUAAAGAGAAGUUUGAUUUGAUUUUCUCGCUAGAUAUUACACCAAAAAAUGAAUUUCUUUUAUCUUUGAAAAAAACUCCAACAUCACCAAUACUAAGAUUUGUUUCUGCUAAUUCAAUUGAUCAUGUUGCCCUAUACUUUCGUCAAUUCGAAAAAUCAAGAUCAGACUACUUGGUGGAUGUUACUGCUGCUAUUGUUGUUUUAAGAGAUAGAGUUGGGAUUUUACCACCAGAUUUAAGACCUAUAUAUUCCAAAAAUUUGACAUACCUUAAAGGGUUCUUCCAAGAUUUCAACAAAAAUCCAUGGCCAUUGCCUGAAUUGACCAAGAUAAAGAAAUAUGAUGCUAGUGAUGUCGAGAAAUCGUUGCUUUCAGAAGUUCAUUAUGAAAAAAAUCAACCAAAGAAGGAACAAAAAUCUUAUUAUGAAACAAAGAGACUUUGCAGAGAUUAUACAUCUAAUCCCUUGAAAGAUGUGAAUUUUGGUAUAUUAAGUGUCAACUCAAACUAUACAGAUACAUUGACGCACAAGUUGAUUCAAGAAUUUAAUGUCUUGCACAAGGAUUUAGCAAUUCAAACGAGUGAAUUUUCUCAUUUUGAUGAAUACUAUACUACAGAGAAAGAUUAUCUUUUAAAUGAUGAAAGUAAAUUGAUUAAUGAAAUUGAUCAUAUAAAUUUAAGAAUUAAGACUGCAAACAAUAAAUCUGAUAAACUUGUUGAGAAAACUGACGCAAUUAAAGCAAAUAUUGCUAAAUUGGAGACAGAGGUACAAGAAUUGAAUACCAAUGAACAAUUAAAGAAGAUAGAGGAACUAAAAGAGUUGGUUGUUAAAGAAGAGGCCAGAAAGAAGAGUUUGAUAACCGAGAAUGAAUACAUGUCCAAGGAAAUUGAGACUGCCAAAACUGCAAUUAAUGAUUCUGAAAAGGAAAUUGAACAUAACCAAAAGGCAAUCCUCGAAAAUGAAGCUAAGCUUGAAGAAUAUUUCAAUGAUGUUACAGAUGAACCUUUAGAAUCUGAUGAAAUAAAGAGAUUGACUGAACAAACAGAUUUUAUCAAAUUACAAAUUGAUGACUCCUUAAAGAAGUUGAGUAGUAGCAGAGGAAGAAACUCAGAUAAUAGAAGGAACAGUCCCAGUAUAAAAUGA